AUGGCUCGGAAACCUCAUUUUACUAUUGCCGGGAUAGCUGUUGCGACUUUCUUAUGCAUAUUCUUUGUACUUACAUUUCGCAAUCAUAAUCAUGGAACGAGAGCUAUAGAUUAUGACGCCGAGAACGAAUAUAAUGCCGAAUUCCCUUUGGAUAAGACGCCAAUUCUCGUCGAUGAUAAUGUUCUCCAUGGAGCAGCGACUGCUCCUAAGCUCGAAAAUGCUACUCUGAAAGCAGAACUCGGCCACGCAGCCUGGAAAGUCCUCCACACCAUGAUGGCGAAAUUCCCGGACACGCCCACGGAAGAAGAUAGCUCUGCCCUAAAAUCCUACAUGCAUCUCUUUGCGCGGCUCUAUCCAUGUGGCGACUGCGCGCGGCAUUUCCAAUCGCUGUUGAAGAAGUAUCCGCCGCAGGUAGCGACGCGGAGUACGGCGGCGGCGUGGGCUUGUCAUGUGCAUAAUGAGGUUAAUAAGAGGUUGAAGAAGGAAUUGUUUGAUUGUAGUAAGAUUGGGGAUUUUUAUGAUUGUGGGUGUGCGGAGGAUGGGGAGGAGGGGAAGACUGGGGAGGGAAAGAUGGAUGUUGGGAAGGGGGAUGGAGAUGCGGGAGGCUUUACGCCGUUGGAGUUGGAUAAGGAAGGUUUGACUAGAGGAGGUUAG